GCCAUCAUCAAGUGUGGUGGAGUACUGCUAAAGAUUGAAGUUCACGGCAAGAACAUGUUCUACUUCUUCGGGGCGGAGGGGAAAGCUCCCAGCGUCGUGGUGCACGUCCACUUCGGGCUGGCUGGCGCCUUCGCCGUCUACAAAGAAGAGCCGCAGGUCGGUUCGAGCAUCCGACUUCGCUUAGAGACGACGGACGGCCAGGCCCCACAUUUGGUCGCCCAUCUCUCAGCCAUGGUGGUGAAGCACGGAAAGCCCGAGUCUUUGUACAAACCACUGGUGGCCAAGCUUGGCGCAGACCCCUUGCGCGAAGACGCGGAUCCGGAGAGCUUUGUCUCCGCCUGCGCCGCUGCAAAGAAGCCCGUGGGUACCGUUUUGAUGGACCAAUCUGUGUGCGCAGGGGUUGGAAACAUCUAUCGCACCGAAAUUUUGUACGAAGCUGCAAUCCAUCCCAAUCAGCCGGCGAAUACAUUGACCAGGGCAGAGGUGUUGAAGCUCUGGAACACGGCCGUGAAGCAGAUGCAAGCAGGCUACAAGUCGGGUUCCAUCUGGGGCGCGAAGGCAAGUUCGUUCUGCUAUGACAAGAAGCAGUCGGCCUGCGGCGGAAAGGUGAAGCACUGGAAGAUGGGAGGCCGACCUCGGCGGUAG